UAGCGCGUAUCCUGCGUACGCAACGGCGGCUUCGGGAACAAAGUGAUUGAAAUAGCGGAUAUGACUUCGAGAUAUUGCACGUCAACAACAACCUGUGCACACUUGCCACGGCUCGCACUGGCACUGGUGCUCUUAACGCUGAGCUCUCUGGAAGGACAUGUGUCAGCGCUGCGUUACGCACAAGGUACAGGCGAUGAAAAUUGCGAAACAUUAAAAUCGGAAAUUCAUCUGAUCAAGGAGGAGUUCGAUGAGCUCGGUCGUAUGCAGCGCACCUGUAAUGCAGAUGUGAUAGUGAACAAGUGUGAGGGGCUAUGCAAUAGCCAAGUGCAGCCGUCCGUCAUAACGCCAACGGGCUUUCUCAAGGAGUGCUACUGUUGCCGCGAAAGCUUUCUCAAGGAGAAAAUAAUCACUUUGACGCAUUGCUACGAUCCGGAUGGCACCCGGCUGUCCACACCCGAAAUGGCAACCAUGGAUAUACGGCUGCGUGAGCCGACCGACUGCAAGUGCUUCAAAUGUGGCGACUUCAGCAGAUAAGCGUUGAAAGCGACAACAACAAACAACAAUAAACAACAACUUUGCUGAAAAUCGCAUA